GGGCCGGGGCCGGGGCCGGGGCCGGGGCCGGGGCCGGCACGGAGAAGAGGCGGCGGCGACGGCGCGGCGCGUGUGAGCCUCGAGCCGGGGUGUGAGGCGCAGCGUCGGCCUCCAGAAAUGAAGCGCCAGUGCCCGGCGGCCUUACCUCCCGGAGCGGCGACGUGUAACCCGCCCCAGAGGCUGCCCUCCCUGGCCGGCACGACCGUGCCCAACAGCGACUUGGCGAGCCUUUUCGAGUGUCCGGUUUGCUUCGACUAUGUGCUGCCCCCCAUUCUUCAGUGCCACAGCGGCCACCUCGUGUGCAGCACCUGCCGCCCAAAGCUCAGCUGCUGCCCGACGUGCCGCGGGCCGCUGGCGUCCAUUCGCAACCUGGCCAUGGAGAAGGUGGCCAACUCCGUGCUGUUCCCGUGCAAGUACGCGGCCACCGGCUGCGAGCUCGCCCUGCGCCACACCGAGAAGGCCGAGCACGAAGAGAUGUGCGAGUUCCGCCCGUACGUGUGCCCGUGCCCCGGCGCGCUCUGCAAAUGGCAAGGCUCGCUGGAGGCCGUGAUGCCGCACCUGAUGCACCAGCACGAGUCCAUCACCACGCUGCAGGGCGAAGACAUCGUGUUCCUGGCGACCGACAUUAACCUCCCCGGCGCCGUGGACUGGGUGAUGACGCAGUCCUGCUUCGGCGUCCACUUCAUGCUCGUCCUGGAGAAACAGGAGAAGUACAACGGGCACCAGUUCUUCGCCAUCGUCCAGCUGAUCGGAACGCACAAGCAGGCCGAGAACUUCGCCUACCGGCUGGAGCUGAACGGCCACCGGCGCCGGCUGACCUGGGAGGCGACCCCGCGCUCCAUUCACGAGGGAAUCGCCUCCGCCAUCAGGAACAGUGACUGCCUCGUCUUCGACGCCCGCAUGGCGCAGCUCUUUGCAGAAAACGGCAACCUGGGCAUCAACGUGACGAUCUCCCUGUGUUAAAACGGCAGGCCCGCGGCUUUCCCGCCGCGGCCGAAAACCCUCGUACUCAAGUUCACGGAGAACAAGGCACCCACGUUAGCCCAUCAGCCUGAAAUUUUGAGAGGUCUAGACACACGAGGUAAAUAAAAGGAAAGGCUGUUCAAUACAGGAAAUAGCUGCAUGUAGUUACACGAAUAUAUUUAAAAAUAAGUCAACAGUAAAUUAUAUAAGGUAUAUAAUUAAAUAUUAUAUAUUGCACACACACACACACACACACACACACCCAGCAUGGGCAUCUCUUGUAUUAAGAAAGGGAGCAUUGUUAAAAAAAAUUAUGAAUUUGUGUUGCAGAUUGAGUGUACUGUUCAAAAAUACAUACUGGGUUUUUGUUCUGUGUGUGUGCCCCAGAGCUAGUGUGUAUGGGGAGUGGGGGGAGGGUAUUUUUUUCCUUUAACCAAUAAGCCAUGUUGAGUGCUCUCGAACCACUGUUUUUUUUUCCCUUUGUGGGUCAACAUACAGUGCUGCUAUGUGUGUAUAUUUUGUGGGUGUAUGUAUUUGCUAAUUCUUAUUAAUUCCAGUUUUUCAUUAAAUUUGAUUUUCUUUUCUGUAAUUCAGGUUUUUCCUCGCCUUUUUGGGGUGCCUUUUUAAAGUUAGUGCCUUUCUGAUAUGCAUAGUUGUUUAUGAUAAACCUUAUACAUAGGUAUUCGAUACAUAUUUCCUUUUCCCCCAUUAAUCAGUUUAUUACAAAUAUUUUAGGCAGCAGCUCUUUCUUCCCACGGGUCCUGUCCCCGUGUUUUAAUAAAACCACCAUUUUGCACCAGAAAUAAAAGAAAAAAACAACAA